AUGGGCCCUCUCUCCAAGGCCGAGAUCUCCUCCACCGAGGAGCAAUUGCUUAAGAAAGGCCUCGCCUUUGCCGUGUCGCCCCCAAAAUUGCCCAUUACCGAGAUUGUAGCUAAGGUUGAAACCGCGGUCAAGUAUAUUGAUCCAGUUUCGGCCGAUGCCGCACGAAAAGAUGUAGAUUCCAUUCUACAGAGAGCACGUCCUCCGAAACCGAAUACCACAAGAGAGAUGCGUGAUGCUCUUAAGACACUCAAGAAUGAUGAUAGCAUCACAAUCCUCCCCGCAGAUAAGGGUAGUGCCACAAUCAUUUUAGAUAGUACCGCCUACGAAGACAAAAUGACCGAGCUUCUGAGCUCUGGUCCGUAUAAAAUGCUAAAGAAAGACCCCACAGAUCGAAUGUGUCGCAAACUGACCAGUACGUUACUGGCACUAAAAAAAGACAAAGUUCUAGAUGAGGCUACAUACAAAAAGAUAAAGCCCACACAGAAACAGCCACCUAGAAUAUACGGGUUGCCCAAAAUACACAAACCCGGGAUACCUCUCAGACCAAUAGUAUCAUGCAUAGGUUCAUUUGCCUAUAACCUAUCAAAGUACCUGGCGGACAUCCUGUCCCCUCUCACUAACUGCUCAGAACACACGGUUUCCAACUCCAGUGAAUUCGCUGAAUUCACAUCGGAGCAGACAGUUAACGAACAGGAAUCCAUGAUCUCUUUUGAUGUAGUCUCCCUCUUCACUAACGUACCGAUAGAGGGCGCAUGCAGUACGGCCCUGCAACGCAUGCAAUCCGAUCCCACAUUAUCAGAACGUACCACACUUAUGCCCGAACAGAUAGCCGAACUCCUGGAGUUCGUCCUCAGAUCCACAUAUUUUCUGUACAGAGGCUCUUUCUAUGAGCAAACAGAAGGAGCAGCAAUGGGUAGCCCAGUCUCAGCGGUUGUGGCUAACCUAUAUAUGGAAGGUUUUGAACAGAACGCUUUGCCCAAGUGUCCUUCCACAUGCCACCCUCGGGUGUGGAAGAGAUACGUCGAUGACACUUUCAUAAUCGUAAACAGAUCCGAAACAGACAGCCUACUCUCAUACAUGAAUAGCCAGCAACCGUCCAUCCAGUUCACUCUGGAGACUGAGCAAGGAGGGAAAUUAGCAUUCCUUGACACGCUAGUCCAAAGACACGAGGGCGGGAAACUCUCCACCUCUGUCUACCGCAAGCCCACUCAUACAGACCAAUACAUACCAUAUGAUUCUCAUCACGACAAAUCGGUCAAGAAGGGUCUUGUUAAAUGCCUGUUCGACAGAGCAGCACGUAUCAUAACUCACCCACCUUAA